GUCCUAACUGUGUUUGGACAGGUAUGAAGCACUGAGAAAAGGCUUCUCUGGAUAUCACGAUAGCCUAACAACCAUAUCAGUGCAACUUGUUUAUGGAAAUUUUGUCAUAACUCAUUGUAUACCAGCAGAAUAUUUCUUUAAGGAUAUACUGACAUGUGUCAAAACUGACACUAAGUGAGUAAAACUAGACGCCUCAAUAUUAAACCAGGUCAACGGAAGUCGUUGGAUUAUCUAUGAAGGUUCAGGGUUCCACUGCCAUGGACAUCACACAUAUGAGCAUGGACAGGGCCUUAGAAGGGAAAGAUCUGUCAGUUGGAUAUGAUGGCGGAAUGGCUAGCUCAAGUUAUCCUUCAACUGGGAAUGCUGUGCAAGAUAUGUCUCCAGGACAUGGUCAAGUUGGGGAAGAGGCUGGGGGAGCUGUAGAUCCGGAAUAUCCAAAUGAUGUUGACCGAACCAAUAAGAUCAAUAUUGCUUCAUCUUCCAUCACAAGCAAAACGAAGGAGUGUACCUUUCAAGAAAACGGGGACAUUGUUUCAGAUGAAGAUAAAAAAGAUCAUGUCACAAUCAUGCCCAGUAUCAGCAAUGUUUAUACGAUGGAUGAAAGACCUUCAACUCAAGUUGCCCCGCUGUCAGAAGAACAUAUCUGCAUCAGUACAAACAUCACAAAAGAAGUGGACAAAGAACCACCAAAGGCCAAACCCUUUGUUUCAGGGUAUGCCAAUGUAGCAUAUGUCCCGGAUGUGCCAGCGAUAGAGCCUCAGGUGUUCAUCAUAGAUGAUGGCUGUGUGCAACAUGGCUCUGAAGGCACAUAUAUCAGGUAUGAAUCGCAGAUAGACAAAAAGGAAGGAUCCAAGCAGUUACUUCGGCAAAUAGUCACCCUGCUUGGUGGGUGUUUCAAUGUUUUCCUUGGUUUGGGAUUUCCUUUUUCACUUGGGGCCCUCUUUGUUGAUUGGUUAGAGGAUUUUCAAACCACACGUGCUGCAACCGCAUCUAUCCAAUCAACGUCCACUGGAUUGACAUUCAUGGGAGGACUUGUGAAUGGCUUCCUUAUCCAGAGGUUUGGUAUCCGAGCUGUGUUGUGUUCAGGUAGCAUGGUGUCUUCCCUUGGACUGUUUGCGAGCUGGUUUGCAACAAGCUACACCUUCACCCUUGUAUCUAUAGGCGUGGUAAUGGGUUGUGGUUGUAGCAUGGUGUAUCUGGCAAACAAUGUCAACGUUACCUUGGCGUUCCGUGACCCUAGGGCCAAGGCCUUUGCAUUAGCAUUAAUGACGUCAUCAGGUGGUCUUGGGUCCAUGAUCUUCCCCACCAUCUUGCAGGAACUCAAGCGGGAGUUUGGCUGGAGAGGAGCACUGCUUAUAAUGAGCGGUAUUUACCUAAAUGUUGCUCUAUCAGGUCUCCUAGUUACGUCAUCACUUGGUGUAUCGCCUACAUCUCGGUUGAAAAACAAUACAAAUAUCGAGGCCACAUCUAAAUUUCGUCGACUGUUGAAUCCCUUAUAUGGUGCUUACUUGUUGUGUGGCUUAAUAGGAUUUGGUUCCAUCACAGCGACUGUCUUGACUGCAGUUGACUUUGGUGUCUCAAAGGGUCUGUCUGCAGAAACGGGAAUAAUGAUUAUGCUGUUAAUAAAUGGGACAAGCACUGGAAUGCGUCUUAUGGCGGGUUUCAUACAGAUGAUCCCAGGAGUGAAGACCUACCAUGUGUUCUGUACAUCAGUGUUGGUGUCCAGUACCGCUCUGAUAGUGAUAUCGUGGGCGGAUUCCUAUGGCAUGAUAAUGGCCUGCUUCUCAGUUUACGGAUUGGCUGCAGGCGGGAUGGUGUCCACCUUUGCUAUUGUUGUCUUCCAAGUGGUGGGGGAAGACAUGUAUGCUGUGUCCAUGGGAUUAGGCGGGGCAGUCACUGGAGCCUCAAACACAACGCUGGGGAUACUAAUGGGGAAACUGUAUGACUUGACUGGGUCGUAUGAUCUGCCUUUCCUGAUAUUCGGCAGUAUGGGUGUGAGUGUCGCCUUUUUGCCAGUGAUCAUUCAGUGUCUGAAAUCCAUUGGCACUCACAAAUCUGUCACUAUUUCACACCAGUGAGGUUCCAUAUUCAUUGAUGUCAAAGUUACAAACAGCAAACAGCGGAAUACCCAGCUAGUUCCUGUGAAAAGAUUUGGGACACAUUUAAUGUUAAUUCAUAAACUGUUUUUGCUGCAAAAAAUAAGAUUAAAAGCAAGGUAUCAACAUGUAAUAAUCACUAUCUGCACAAACGGAGGACAAGCAACCCCUACCCAGUAUGCCGAGUAUCACACCAAUGAGGUUCCACAUUCAUUAAAGGCAAGGUCACAAAGAGCCAAGAGCGAAAUACCCAGCUAGUUCUUGUGGAAAGAAUGUGACUCAAGGACAUAUUUAAGUUACAACUAUUACAGUUUGUUAAAACGAAACUAAAAUUACAGAAAAGGAAACCAGUUCAUUAAAAGGAGAAAGAGCAAAACCUACUCAGUAUACCCGCAGUACACAUGCUGCAGAGACUCGUUCCAUUCAGAAAUCAUUUUUACAAAGUUUUACAAUUUUGUCUACCAACAUUUCAAUUAAAUUUAUCACUCGUUGCGUGAAAGCUGAACAAACAUUGCGGGGUUGGGUAAUUGGAAGUUUUGUCAUGAAAUUCAAUCUAAACUGCCGACAUCAAGCCAAUUUCACACUAAAGAUGUUAGCCAAGGGAUUGUGAUCGGUUGCUGGUCAGAGUAACCACAUUUCGAUGUUUGUUGCUUUUAGGAGAUGCGUCUUGAAGGUCAUCAUGUAACGGGUGCAAAAAUAUACAUUAAGAUUUACGUCAAUGGCCCGUACUUAAUUGAGCACAUGCGAAUUGUUCCCACAAUUGCACAUACAGGGGCAUAUGUACAGUACUGUAGGAAGGCAUGCCUCGAAGCGGAUGUAGCAGAUGCAUUUGUAAACUGACAGUGCAAAUUCGCUUCUGAAAUCUGAAACAUUCGAACGAGAACACACAAUCACUGUGUCGGAUUUCCUCUCUACGGUUCAGGCUUCCAUUACAGUAUUGCCCUUGAUGAAUGAUUAAUAGCACGUCUUAUACAUGUACAGGUGGGAUAGACAACACAGUUCAGUUGAAUCCAUGUAAAAUUGGAUUGGUUGAGCAGGGUCUGCAUAUUUCACGGACAUGCUGAAACGCUUAAUUUGUAAUUGGACGGCUGGGGAUAUCAAAAGUACAAUAGCAACCUUUCACACGACAGGCACUGUUCCCACUUCAGAGUAUUACGGUAUAUUUGAAUAGCCCCGGUGACCCCGUGAUAUCUCAAUAUAACUGUAACUAUACAAGGUCCAUUUCAGAAUUAUUCGUUCAAAUAUGCAUGUACUGUGCUCUGAGUCAUUGUGCAGAGUGAGAACAGUUUUUGAUUUUUGCAGAAUUGUUCAGAUGGGAAUAAAUGUUUGCAACCAC